UUAUUUUGUUGAUUAAAAUGAUUAAAUUUCUAAUAUUCCUAAUAUUAAUUUUUGUAUGUUUUUGUUAUUCACAACCAAAUUAUGAGACCAACGAAAACCCUAAUAACCCGAACGCAGAUUGUGUUAGAAAUAAUAAUAAAUUCACAGUGAUUGCCGUGAAAAAUGGUGUCACAAGAGUACAGACUGCCAUCGAUUCCUGUUUAAGUGAUCAGAAAUCUGAUAAUCUUUAUGUAAUGGCCAUUAAAUUAGUCAACAAAGACGAUGAAAAGAUUAGCGAACAAGUUAUAAGAGAUUUGUUUAACGAGAAGAAGUGGUCGCCCGGAAGCAAACACCAGCAGAUAAUAUCAGAUGACAAACACAUGGUUUACGUGAAUUGUAUGAAAAAUAAUCACAUCAUUGACUUUAAUGGUUUGGACACUGCAUUCAAAUACAAAUUCGGUAUUUUUGACAAAACUCUUCAACAAAUGUUCAUUAAUAGCGAUUCUGUUUCCGUGACCCCUAAAACGGACGGUAAUCUCGAAAUAAUAUUAAUUGCAAUUUUGGCCAUUUUAUUGCUAAUAACAUUUGUUUUGUUAGCUGUAUUGCUCUAUAUCAACUAUGCCGGUGAGAGUCGACUACACAAUGUCUUCCUAUUGUGGACCAAAAGUGACAGAAGAAAACUCUUGAGACGAGACAAAGACAAUGCUUACGACCAGUCCUACCGGUGCUCAACACUAUCAUUCGGUUCAUUUCACGAACAAGAGUUUGAAAUAAAGACACAUCCGUUAGAUUUGUCAGACCUGAGUGAUACCAUUCCGUUGAUGAUUGAAAACAAUGUUUUAAAACAAGAGUUUAUGAGUGUAUCCAGAGGUCAACUGAUGCGAUGGGAUUACGGCAAACAAGUACAGCACAGAUCAAAGAACCGAUACGGAAAUCUGUUGCCAUACGACCACUCGAGAGUUGUGUUAGAUAUUAUCAACAACGACAGUAACACUGAUUAUAUAAAUGCCAAUUAUGUGGACGGCUGUAAAGUCAACAACCGAUAUGUGGCCACUCAGGGACCGUUGCCCAACACUAUCAGUGACUUUUGGCGUAUGAUCUGGCAGUUGGACACUCACCAGAUCGUUAUGCUUACCAGUCUUGAUGAGGGAGGAAAGAACAAGUGUGACAAGUACUGGCCCGACCAUAACAGUGCCAAUUAUGGUGAUAUCAAAGUUAAUUUAACAAAAACCGAAAUGUUUGCCGAUUAUAUCAUUCGCUGGUUUUGUGCCGAAAAAGAAGGAGUUGAACGUGAAAUACUUCAGUAUCAUUUCAUUUCAUGGCCCGAUCAUAACGUUCCUAUGUAUGCCUGUUCGCUGAUCUCGUUUGUAAGAAAAAUGCGUUCAUCCGUACACUACAAACCCAAUCAACCAAUUGUUGUCCACUGCAGUGCCGGUGUCGGCCGUACCGGUACUUACAUAUUGAUCGAUGCGAUGCUAGAGGCGGCCCAACACGACAAACAGAUCGACAUAUUGAAACAGCUGUGCGUUAUGCGACAACAGCGGAUCAAUUUGAUCGAGAAGUUGGGACAAUAUAUAUUUGCACACCAAUCGCUUCUGGAGGCCCUAUCCCAUGAGCCGACAAGUAUCGCAUGCAAUGACUUUCAAAACUAUUUCACUAAACUCAUCCACUAUGACAGCAACAGUAAAACAUUGCCAAUAAUGAAACAAUUUCAGAUUCUCAACAAAUUGUCGCCACAAAUGCUUAACCCUGAUGUAUGUCAAAGUGCACGAUCGCAUCAACACCUUAAUAGAAAUCAAAAUAUCAUACCACCUGAUUUUUCGCGUGUUAUUCUUCCCGGAAAUGAUGACUACAUUAACGCUGUUUAUAUAAAUGGUUAUAAACGUCGCGACGCCUACAUUGCAACUCAAGUGCCACUUGAGGUCAGUCGCAGCCAUUUCUGGCAGAUGAUAGUGUCGACGGCCAGCAAAACCAUUGUUCUGCUCAAUGAUAUCAAAUCGGAUCAAAUUUAUUGGCCGACAGUUGAAAACAAACAAUUGGAUUUUACUGAUAAUAAUAUAUCAGUUCAGUUAGUUAGCGAAGAACCGCACAAUAAUGUGAUAAUACGUGUCUUUCAUUUACCACAAAGCGAUCUUACAGUCAAACAGUUUCAUUUAAAAGGCUGGCCAGUGAUGGCCAAUAGACCUCCAACACCGCAAACAAUCAUCGAUUUGAUGGAAAUGACUGAUCAGUGGAACCUACAGUUCAACUCUAAUAGUAUUGUAGUUCAAUGUUUUGAUGGCAAUCAGGCCAGUGGUAUAUUUUGUGCCAUGAGUUUUGAAUGCGACCGCAUUAAAGAGGAACAGGAGAUCGACGUCUUUCUAGCUGUACAAACGGUGCGCACCACAAGACCCCAAUUCAUCACUGAUUUGGAUCAGUACAAGUUUUUGCAUCAAAUAGCCAUCAGUUAUCUACAAUACUUUGACACAUACGCCAACUUCAAGUGA